AUGAGUUGUCUUCAUUUUUUUAAAGCACCUAGGACACAGUCAGAAGAAAGACAAGACUACGAGAAAUAUUUGCAAAAAAACAUUGUUUCAAAUUUUAAUGACAAAAGACGAUUUUACAACCGCGGCCAUCUUACACCCAACGAUGCCUUCGACAUUGCUAACGAACGUGAUCUUACAUUUGUGAAUACCAAUAUUGCACCACAAUGGGUCAUGUUCAAUGGUGGAAACUGGAACGUUGUGGAAAAUGCUGUGAAAACGUAUUCUAAUAAAUAUCAACGAAAAGUUUAUGUUGUCACUGGAACAGGUAACAGUUGGAGAUGUUUGUCGUUUUAAGUCACUUUUAGACAGCUCGCACCAUCUUGACGAGAAUAAAGACACAUUUAUUUAUUUAGAGUAGUCCUAUUAGCAAUAAAAACAUGUCACUGUUAUCAACAUGCCACUGAAAAAACAUGUCAAUGUUAUCACUUUCUUAACUGCAUUUAUCCAAACCCACUCUGUCAACCUUUCCCGCAUGCGGGACGAAACUGCAGCACACCCAACUACUUCUUUUCACUUGAGUCUUUUCACGAACUCACGAACUCAUACGUAAAAGGCUUGCUUGGACGACUACACGUUACCUAAGUCCCUUUAAAUUUUGGUCGAGCGAAAGGGACAUGUUGAAGAUAGCUAAUGGGCCGGUCAAAAUCAUGUGAUAAAUACAUAAAAAAUUGUGUUUUUCUUCCUUUAUGUGGCUACAAACGAAAUGCGUUAACAUAAUUAUUGAAUCCAGUGACUUUUUACUAUUUUGUAGAAUGAAAUGAGGAAGGCAAACGAAGGAAACUCGGUCCUUCAACUGCGAAAACUCACUUUACAACAUUAUUGUUCCAAAAUUUGUUUAAUAAUAAAAUUUAGGUGUUCCUGUUAAUUUUGAAAUUUUACGGUUAUUGCUUUGGCUGUGCUAGCUGGAGAAAAUUCUAGGUUUUCAAAGUUGUAUUAUUUACAUUACUGCAUGUACCUUAACAAUGCAACUUGAAUUCCAAAGCGUCAUUUUACAUACAUGCGACUAGAUGUUGGCUAACUAGUUAGCGCAUGAAUUGCCACCCACUAGAAAGCUUCCAUUUGUCCCUGCACUUUUCCCGCAAUGCCUACUUUGUUGCCAUAAUCCCUAUGCUAACACAAUGCUUACAAAUUAAACCGUCAUUUCUACUCGGUUGAAAGAAAUUUAAAUGUUACGGAAUGUUUAGUGCUGUCGAAAGCAAAUUAUUAUCCGUGUUUCCUAAGAGGAAUUUUAUAAAAGUUUUGAAGUUUGUGCAUCUAAAAAUUCAAGAUUUUCUAAAUACUUUAAACUUUUUUACAAUAUCGUCAUCCCGGUUUUGAAACACGUUGGGCGUGUACAUUUUGAAAACACAAUCAUGAUUGGAUAGCUUGUACCUACUGGCUGAUAUGUGCACAAUAUCAGCGUAGCAACAAACUUUUCACAAAUCAAUAGUUAUUAUGAAUGGAUUUCUCAAACAUUAUUUCCGAAUGAUGCCUUUCAGGCGGAGAAAUUAUGAAACUGAACAAUAGAGUCACCGUUCCAGCAUUCUUCUGGAAAGCUGUAUGUGAUCCAGAGAAAAGAGAAUCGAUAGUGUUUGUUGCCAAAAAUCCGUCUGGAAAAGAAGGUACCGAAAGACAAGGAGGUUGCCCCAUUAAAGAUAUUCGAAAACAAAUGACACCAGUUAACGGAAUCAUCAAGUGCUCCAGUUUGGAUGAUCUAAAAAGAAGAAAAGAAGCAAAAUAUUUCAAGUUACCUUCCUUUGGCGAGGCUUGUCAGCCGUCUAAGAAAGGCACGUUCUUGGAUCAGUUUUUAUCUGAUUUCAAUUAGAUAAAAAAACAUUUGGUAGCACAUGUUGAUCAGACG